UCUUUAUCAGAAAAAAAGAAGAAGAGAAAAUGAUAAAAAGAGCAAGUUGGAGAAACAAAAUCAAAUUAAGUACCUUUUUUUGUGUUGUGGUAUUGUACACACAUAAAGGCAUGUAUGUUAUCCCAAAAUUAAAAAAGAAAAAUUAAAACAAAAUACUAAAUAAGAGAGCAAUAAAUGUUACUAAUUUUAAUGAAAAGUAUGGCAAAGCAAAUUAGAGUCAAGGAAGAAUACCACUGUUGUUGGUCUUCUACUGUUGCUUUCCUAUUUUCAUUCUUGUAUUGUUAUUACUAUCAUUAUCAUUGUUAUUAUUAUUAUUUUUUACACUCAUUGAAUUUCCUUUGUUCAUUAAUUUUUUCAUGUUGAACAAAAUGGAAAAUUAUAAUGUGUUAAUAACGAUAAUGCUCUCCGCCUUUUUCUUCCUUGACUAUCACGAUAUUUAGUUCUUCGAUUGUUAGAUAAAAAGGGAGAAAGAAACCCAAACAAACAAAUUUUAUAUUUUUAAUUUUCUUUUCUCUCUCUUUAUCUCUCCCCUUUUUUGUUUGUUUGUUUGGUUUCUGUGUUUUGAAACCCUAAUUUCCAUUGGAUUUGUGGAUUCUGAGAUCGCCGAUCGCUUGAUUACAUGGAGGUUAAUUCGUGUUCAGAUGAAGAAAAUAAUCAGAACAACGGCAACAAUACAAACAACAAAAUCGCCGAUGGACAAAGCAGACCUAAACGCCAGAUGAAAACUCCUUUUCAACUCGAAGCUCUUGAAAAAGCUUAUGCUUUGGAUACAUAUCCUUCGGAGAAGGUGCGAGCAGAAUUAUCACAAAGGUUGAAUCUUACUGAUAGGCAAUUACAAAUGUGGUUUUGUCAUAGAAGAUUGAAGGACAAAGACAAAAAGGAAGAAAAAAAGGAAACUCCUUCCAACAGGAAGCGUAAGGCCGUGCAUUUAUCAGAGUCUCCUGUCGAGGAGAUGAGGGCAAUCAUACCUGAGCCUGGAAGUGAUGAUGGUUCUGGUUCUGGUUCAGGCUCUAGUCCAUUUAUGGAUCCCAGGAAGGUGGUAUCUGCUGAUGUGCCAAUGAAUAGGAGGUACUAUGAGUCGUCGCCACAGUCAGUUAUGGAGCUUAGAGCUAUUGCCUGUGUGGAAGCACAGUUGGGAGAGCCAUUAAGGGACGAUGGACCAAUUCUUGGAAUGGAGUUUGAUCCCUUGCCACCUGAUGCAUUUGGGGAACCUAUAUCAAUGGUAGAGCAGCAGAAGCGUUCAGCUCAUUCUUAUGAUGGCAAAGUAUAUGAGAGACACAACACAAAAUCAAGCAAAGCUUUUGCAAGAGUGUUUCAUGAGUAUCAGUUUCUCCCUGACCAGUCCAGUAUUAGGUCUGAUGCAUAUGGACAAGUUGCUCAAUCUCCUUAUCAUGAUUCUCCAGUUGAUAAUCUUAGGGGUAGAGCAUCCUUGGUGCUUGGAGAUGAACCAUUGUCCAGGGGUCAUGGUGUCCAAGGUUCACGUGUUCGCCUUUUUUCUCAACCAGAAAAGAAAGGACAUGUUUUUUCAUCACCUCGCAGGGAUGAUGACUAUCUCCUGCAACAUGACUCCUAUACCAACAAUAGAAUAAGUGCCCAGACAAGUAGUCAUCCAAUUAUGGGAUCAGAAAAUCCAGAUGGUUUUUCCGAUGCCCAAAUCCUCCACACUGAGACAGAUGUGUGGAUGGAAAAGAAGCGCAAGAUUGAUGAAGCUAGAACUGUAAGAGAUCCUGAAGCUAAUGAAUAUCGUAUCCGCAAAGAGCUUGAGAAAAAGGAUCAGCUGAGGCGGAAGAAUGAAGAACGGAUAAAGAAAGAUAUGGAAAGGCAGGAUCGUGAAAGACGGAAGGAAGAAGAGAGGUUGAUGCGUGAAAGGCAGCGGGAGGAGGAGAGAUCACUGCGUGAGCAAAAACGUGAAUUGGAGAGAAGAGAGAAAUUUUUGCAGAAAGAGUAUUUAAGAGCUGAGAAAAUGAGGCAAAAAGAGGAGCUUCGGAAGGAAAAAGAGGCAGUUAAGCGCCAAGCAGCCAUUGAGAAGGCCACCGCACGCAGAAUCGCUAAGGAAUCUUUGGAUCUUAUAGAGGAUGAACAGCUAGAACUCAUGGAAAUAGCUGUUGCGAGCAAGGGGUUAGCCUCAAUAGUUCACCUCAACUAUGAUGCUUUGCAAAGCCUUGAGUCAUUUAGAGACUCUUUGAGCAUGUUCCCACCUCAGUCUGUUCAAUUAACAAAGCCCUUUGCAAUUCAACCUUGGAUGGAUUCAGAGGAAAAUAUUGGGAAUCUUCUGAUGGUUUGGAGAUUUUUUAUUACUUUUGCUGAUGUUAUUGGGUUAUGGCCUUUUACACUUGAUGAGUUUGUUCAAGCCUUUCAUGAUUAUGAUUCGAGGUUGCUGGGUGAGGUACAUGUUUCUCUUCUAAGAUUGAUAAUCAAAGAUAUCGAAGAUGUUGCUCGGACACCAUCUAUCGGAUUGGGUACAAACCAAUACUCUCCAGCUAAUCCUGAAGGUGGACAUCCGCAGAUUGUUGAGGGGGCAUAUAUGUGGGGCUUUGACAUACGCAACUGGCAACGACAUCUAAACCCAGUAACAUGGCCUGAAAUAUUUCGGCAAUUGGCAUUGUCUGCGGGCUUUGGUCCACGGUUGAAGAAAAAGGGUACAGCAUGGACAUACUUGGGUGAUAAUGAUGAGGUUAAAGGUUGUGAAGAUACAAUUUCUACCCUACGCAAUGGAUCAGCAGCCGAAAAUGCAUUUGCACUUAUGCGAGAAAGGGGCUUAUUACUUCCUCGGAGAUCUAGGCAUCGGUUGACACCUGGAACGGUUAAGUUUGCAGCCUUUCAUGUUCUUUCAUUGGAGGGAAGCAAGGGACUAACAGUCCUAGAGCUUGCAGACAAGAUUCAGAAAUCUGGACUUCGGGACCUGACAACAAGUAAGACACCAGAGGCUUCUAUAUCUGUUGCCUUGACAAGGGAUCAAAAGCUUUUUGAAAGAAUCGCUCCUUCAACAUAUUGUCUGCGGGCUGCUUACAGAAAGGAUCCUGCUGAUGCUGAGGCAAUUCUUUCAGCUGCUAGAAAAAAAAUUCGGAUAUUUGAAAAUGGGUUUUUAGGUGGAGAUGAUGCUGAUGAUGUUGAAAGAGAUGAAGAAUCUGAAGGCGAUGUUGAAGAGGACCCUGAAGUUGAUGAUUUAGCUACUCCAUUGACUGCUAACAAAAGUGCGGUCCAUUCUAAUGAAGCAAACACUUGUUCUGGAAGUGGAAAAGAUAAUGUCUGCAGUGGCGUUCCAUUAUCUAUAAAAAAUGAACUUGUAAAAGAACCUUCAUCUGUCCCAUCGAAUGGUCUCAAGGAUGCAAAGACCCCAAGCAUCGAGCAAUGUGUUGCUCAAGAUGUAGUGGCUGCUAAUAUAGAUGAGGAAAAUAUUGAGAUUGAUGAAAGCAAGUCAGGUGAAUCAUGGAUUCAAGGACUUGCAGAAGCGGAGUAUGCUCAUCUCAGUGUCGAGGAGCGUCUUAAUGCCCUUGUCGCUUUGGUUGGUAUUGCAAAUGAAGGAAAUACAAUCCGUUCUGUACUUGAGGAUCGUUUGGAAGCUGCAAAUGCUCUUAAGAAGCAAAUGUGGGCUGAGGCACAAUUAGAUAGAAGUCGCUUGAAAGAAGAUAUUAUGAGUAAAUUAGAUUUUUCAUCUUCUAUUGGGGUUAGAGCUGAACUCCAAGUUGCUAGUUCUGCUGUGGAGGGGAGUCAAAGCCCAUUGCUUCUUGUUGAUAGUAAAAGUAAGGAAGCAUCUCCAAGCACCGGUGAAGACCAAAAGUCAUUGCUUGCAUCAGAAAGUGUUCCAACUGAAAAACAGUUGGUUGUUCAAGAUCCUUCUUCAAAUCCUGAUAAUUUCUCAAGUCAGCAACAUGGAUACGGUUCGAAAAGGUCUCGUUCGCAGUUAAAAGCUUAUAUUGGCCACAUAGCGGAAGAGACGUAUGUUUAUAGGUCCUUGCCUCUUGGACAAGAUCGGAGAAGGAAUCGAUACUGGCAGUUUGUUGCAUCUGCUUCUAAAAAUGAUCCUUGUUCUGGUUGGAUCUUUGUUGAAUUACAUGAUGGGAAUUGGAGGCUUAUUGAUUCCGAAGAGGCCUUUGAUGCCCUUUUGUCUUCUUUGGAUACUCGCGGGGUUAGGGAAUCUCAUUUGCGUAUAAUGUUGCAAAAAGUUGAGAAAUCCUUCAAAGAUAAUAUUCGAAGGAACUUGCAUUCUCGAGCAACGGCUGAAACCGAAGCUUGUGAAGCAGACUCUAGCUCUAUCUGCUCGGCUGGCUAUGGUAGUCCGACCAGUAUGGUUUGUGGUUCAAACUUGGAUACCUCGAACACUUCUUCUUUGUUCAGAAUUGAGCUUGGGAGAAAUGAAAUGGAAAAGAAAGGUGCUUUAAAGAGGUACCAAGAUUUUCAGAAGUGGAUGUGGAAGGAAUGCUUCAAUUCCUUAACAUUAUGUGCUAUGAAAUAUGGGAAGAAAAGGUGUAUUCAGCUAUUGGCCACUUGUGAAUGGUGUUUUGACUCUUAUCUCGCUGAAGACACCCACUGUCUUUCUUGCCACCAGACAUUCAGUACUGCUAAUAAGAGCUUUAAUAUUUUUGAACAUGAAGUUCAGUGUAAAGAUAAAACAAAGUUGGACCAUGGGGUCUGUGAUUCUUCUCUACCUCCAGGAAUCAGAUCGCUUAAGGCUCUAUUAUCUCUCAUUGAGGUAUCUGUUCCAGCAGAAGCUCUCGAGUCAUUUUGGACAGAAAACCAUAGAAAGACCUGGGCUAUGAAGUUGAACAAGUCAUCAUCAACUGAGGAACUCCUUCAGAUGUUGACUGUUCUGGAAAGUGCUAUAAAACGAGAUUGUUUAUCUGCAAACUUCGAGAUGACAAAAGAAUUCUCGGGCGGCUCUAUUUUGUCACACAGUGCAUUACAUAGUCGUGCUGAUCUGAGAUCAGUUCCUGUGCUGCCAUGGAUACCGAAAACCACAGCUGCGGUGGCUCUGAGGCUUUUCGAUCUGGAUGCAUCAAUUGCAUACAUUCAACGUGAGAAAGCUGAGCCCAGUGAGGACAAGCCGAUCAAACUAUUUAUGAAGCUUCCUUCAAGAUACUCUCCUCUCAAGAAUAAAGAGGUUGAACUAAAAGAACUAAAGCAAGAACAUGUCAAAGAAGAUCGAUUCACUGACGUGCGUAACAAGCGUAACAGCUGCAAACGUGGUGGACGAGGAGGCAGUGAUCAAGGGUAUGGUACAAAGUCGCGAAAAAGAGUACCUGGUAUUAAAUCCAAUGCCAAUAGGCGCAAUGCUGGGGAAAUUGGGAAACUCAAUAUGGGACCAAGGCAACAAGGACGAAGAACAACUGCACAACUUUCUGGUCGGGGUCGUCGAACGGUUAGAAAGAGAAGAGCAGAGGUAAUGGUAGCUGAAGAGACAUUGAUCAAUCGUUUGAGCGACACCGUUGUCCCAAGGAGCUAUGGUGGAUCAUUAAGAAGCUUAGCCGAGGAAGAUUGGGGUGAUGAAAAAAUUGGGAUGGAUGUGGACGAUGCUGAUAACAGUAACAGUGUGGAAGCAGCAGGAUCUGACGACAAUGUUGAAGCAGAGGAAUUUGAACAAGGAAAUUGGGAACAGAGUUUCAGCCGAGGCUUCAAUGGCUGGAAUAGAAACUCAAUAGAAAUGAGUGACGAUGAUGGAGAUGCUUCUGGUGAUGAUAAUGUCAUUGAAGAUGCGGGAGUUGAAGACUCGGAGGAAGACAUAGAUACCAGCGAGGGCUCAGGAAGAGUACCUAAUAAUAAUAAGAUGGAGAAUGAUGAAGGCACAGACUCGGAGGCCUCGGAUGACUAUAGUGAGUGAAGUGUUUUUAUACCUACUGCCGUGUUUGCAAGUAAGCUGCAUUAUUUUUCUUUGCAGCUUGAAUAGUGUCUGAUCAAGGGUGUAGAAGAAACAGGAGUGCCCCGUCCCGUUCCACUAAGGUGCAACACAUUAUUAGAAAGAGAAGAUAGAAAUUAGAAGUAAUUUAGAUGAUCUGCAUUAUAUUCACUAUUAUUAACGAGCAUUGAUUGUGAGCACGAGGCAUGAACCUUUGAGAGAUGAGUUCUCCCCCUUUUGUAACUCUAGUAUUUUUCCUUUUUCAUUAUAUAAUUCUUUCAAGUGUAAUAGAAAUUUUAUAAAUAAAAUAGUCUUUUAAGUUAUGUUUUAA